UACUGAUCGUGUUUUAUCAAAAAAUCGUGCAAUUUAAGAUUUAGAACUUGUCGAGGCACUUGAACAUCAAUUGUAACCCUGCGUGGUAACGACGGAAGUGAAAAUACGUGUAGUAAGUGAGAGUUUAACAAGGAAGUAAUUUACGCAAUGAAACUAUUAAUGAGAGUAAUACUGCAAAAUAUCAAAAGAUCAUCAAAAACGUUAUUAUUACCCCAGUCUCAGCACAUUCAAUGCCACAGAACACUUACAUCUGAACAAGUGUUUAAUCGUGAAUCUAAAUAUGGUGCUCACAAUUAUCAACCACUUCCCGUGGCUCUGUGCAAAGGUCAGGGUGUCUUUAUGUGGGACAUCGAGGGGAAACGAUACUUUGAUUUUCUAAGCGCUUAUUCGGCAAUUAAUCAAGGCCAUUGUCAUCCCAGAAUCUACAAAGCGAUGAUUGACCAGGCGAAGACUUUAACUCUGACAUCCAGAGCAUUUUAUUCAGAUGUUUUAGGUGAAUUCGAAGAAUAUAUUACGAAACUUUUCAGCUAUGACAAAUGGUUGCCGAUGAACACGGGCGUGGAAAGUGGCGAAACGGCAUGCAAAUUGGCACGCAAAUGGGGAUACUCAUGCAAGGGUAUACCGCAGAAUCAGGCCAAGGUAGUGUUUGCGGAAGGCAAUUUCUGGGGAAGAACUAUGAGCGCUAUUUCCUCGAGUACCGAUCCUAACAGCUACAACGGUUUCGGACCGUUUAUGCCGGGCUUCGAGGUCAUACCUUACGACGAUUUACCGGCACUUGAACGAGCUCUCGUCGAUCCAAACGUCUGCGCCUUCAUGGUGGAGCCUAUCCAAGGUGAAGCUGGUGUUGUGGUUCCCAAGAACGGAUAUCUGAGAGGAAUUCGAGAACUUUGCACAAAAAACAAUGUCCUGUGGAUUGCGGAUGAAGUGCAAACCGGCUUGGGGAGAACGGGGAAGCGGAUCGCAGUAGAUCAUGAAAACGUGAAGCCGGAUAUCCUAAUGCUCGGUAAAGCAUUAUCCGGAGGAUUUUAUCCCGUUUCCGGUAUACUAGCGAAUGAUCCCAUUAUGCUCGCAAUCAAGCCUGGAGAGCACGGGUCUACUUAUGGUGGUAAUCCUUUGGGAUGCAAGAUUGCUAUCGAAGCGCUUCGCGUCCUAGAGGAAGAGAAACUUGCCGAAAAUGCAGAAAAGGUCGGUCACUUAUUCAGAGACGAGCUUAACAAGCUGCCGAAGGAGAUAGUUACUUUAGUGAGAGGAAAGGGCCUCUUGAACGCCAUCGUCAUCAAUGAAAAGAUCAACGCAAAGGAUAUUUGCAUGAAGCUGAAGCAAAACGGGCUCUUAUUCCUGAGUUCCCAGCAAGUAAUCGAUCGCGACAACAAGUAUGGCGGUAUACACUUCAAACCACUACCGGUUGUUCUUUCUCGCGGAGAAGGAGUCUAUCUGUGGGAUAUCGAUGGAAAACGCUACCUUGAUUUCCUGGCAGGAUUCUCGACUGUCAACCAAGGUCAUUGUCAUCCGCGUCUGGUGAAAGUAAUGAGAGAGCAAGCUGGAAAGCUGUCGCAUACGUCAAGAGCCUUCUACUCGGAACCUCACGGUGAAUUGGGAGAGUAUCUAACAAAACUUCUUGGAUGGGAUCGAUUUUUACCUAUGAACACAGGUGUUGAAGGAGGUGACACGGCCAUAAAAUUAGCCAGACGUUGGGGAUACAGAAUCAAAAAAGUGCCGAGUGGCAAGGCUACUAUUACAUUCGCCAACGGAAACUUUUGGGGACGUUCAUUAGCGGCCUUAUCGGCUUCAACAGAUCCAAAUUGCUAUACGGAUUUUGGUCCUUAUGUACCUCUUUUUGAGAAGGUGCCAUAUAACGAUCCGGUUGCUCUGGAACAAAAGUUUCAAGAGAACACCAAUAUCUGCGCGUUCAUGAUGGAACCCAUUCAAGGAGAAGCUGGCGUUAUUGUACCGACUAAUGGUUACCUGAAACGUGUAAGAGAACUGUGCACAAAAUAUAAUGUUCUCUGGAUUGCCGAUGAAGUGCAAACUGGUCUUUGCAGAACUGGUACACGUUUGGCAAUUGAUCACGAAGGCUAUAGACCGGAUAUUCUUAUUUUGGGGAAAGCGCUCUCUGGCGGAAUGUAUCCGGUUUCCGGUGUCCUGGCGGAUGAUCAGAUAAUGCUUUGUCUGGAAACGGGUUCCCACGGAAGCACCUUUGGUGGGAGUCCGCUUGGAAACAGAGUCGCUUUGGAGGCAGUUAAAAUUCUGGAGGAGGAGAAUCUUGCGGAGAACGCGAAGAGACUCGGAAACAUUCUAAAGAAAGAAUUGGAUAAACUGCCGAAAGACAUCGUGACAGAAUUUCGUGGACGCGGUCUUCUGGCCGGUCUAGUGAUAAACAAAGAAUUCGCCGAGGGUUGGGAUAUCUGUCUAAAGCUGAGGGACGCUGGAUUAUUGUCGAGACCCGCACAUGGUCAAAUCAUCAGAAUAUCGCCUCCAUUAACGAUCACGGAAGAACAAUUACGAGAAGGAAUAAAUAUUCUUACCACGGUUCUCAAAAAUUACAAAUAAAGAAUUUAAAAUUUCACCCACAU